AUGUCCCAAUUGUCUAUUAAUUCUCCGAUCACCGGUACUGCAACCUCGACCUAUACUGGCUCGACGGUCAGCCUUCCGAUUCGAUCCAACACUGAAGGACAAGGAGGCAUCGCUAUCAUCAAGGAGGGACUUGCAUCAGUCAAGGAGGGCAAGACCUUUCUUAGUGGAUGGAAGCAAAAGUACCUUAUCUUGAGAAAGGAGUCUCUUGAUUUCCUCAAGGCACAAGAUGGUAAGAUCUCAUACCAAAUUGUUCUGAGAGAUGUAGUCGCAGUCUGCCGAGUUGAAGCUGCUGGCACGAUCUUCGAGAUUAAGCGAAAGCUUGACAACGCAUCUUCCACCAACCCAGGAGAGGACGAUAAUCUCACGAGAACUAUGCAAAUUCGGGUAAAGGGUGAUGAGGAUCUUUACGAGUGGAUCGACUACAUCUACGCUCGAUGCCCCGGAAUGGGAGGAGUCAGUAAUCCUACGAACUUCACCCAUGCCGUUCAUGUUGGUUAUGACCCAAACACUGGCAACUUUGUUGGUCUGCCUCCGGAGUGGUCCAAGUUACUUAACUCUUCCGCCAUUACCAAGGAGGAUUAUGAGCGUAACCCACAAGCUGUCUUCGAGGUCCUUGAGUUUUACACGGAUAUCACCAAGAGAGCCAAUGAACCCGAGACUUACCCCAGCUUGACCCCGACACCCUCUGUGUCAUCGAACCAAAACAAGCAGCUUGGUUAUGGACUGAGUGGUACGAACGUAGCUCCUCCUCGACCCAACCAAGGUGCUCAGCGAAAUAACAGCUAUGGUGCGCCGCAAUCAUCAGGUCCUGCACCCCGACGACCAACUCCACCGGAGUCCCAGCAGCAGCGUAUGCAGAUGCAGGCGAUGGCUUCAAACUAUGUUGAUCCUCAAGUCCGCGAGGAGCAGCGUCAGAAGCAACUCGAGGCUCAGCGCAUGCAACAAAUGGCUAAGGAGCGGGAGGAAGAGAAGAGACGCGAGCUUGAGGAGUAUAACGCUUCUCUUCCUCAAAAGGUACCUAUGGCACAACAGGAGAUUGGCGGUGGUGGCUUCGGUGGACCAACCUCGGAUAGAUAUAAUCCUUCCAGAGCUGCUCCCCCCGCCCCUCGAGCCCAACAACUACAAGGUCCCGCUGUCCGUACCCAACGACAAGCACCAUCAGCUCCUACGCCAAGCAAUGGUUCGCGUCCUGGCCUCAGCCAACAACAAAGCUCCUCAUCUGUCCCCAGACAAAAUGGCGCUUCAUCUGCUAGAUCGGACCAAAACGGCCAGCGUGCACAAGAUCCUCGUUAUCCCAACGGUCAACAACCAGCUACCCGUGGUCCUGCUAAUGGUCAACAAAAUGCUCCUGCAUCUCGUCUUCCUGCACCCGUUCAACAGGUCAAGCCUCUCAAUGUCGCUGCUAAGCAACCUACCUCUAAUGGUAUUCAACAAAAUGACGCCGUUAAGGCUGCCGAAGCUGCAUUGACCGCUAAGCCAGCUGCUUCUGAACGCAAGGCUGAUGUUCGCAUGUCCACCAUGUCUGAGAAUGAAGUUAUGGCAAAGCUCAAGGAAGCUGUCUCCAAGGACGAUCCGAACUUGUCUUACACUAAGCAAAAGAAGAUCGGUCAAGGUGCCUCUGGUUCGGUUUAUGUUGCCAAGGUCAAGGAAACAGCUGUUUCUCCAGUUGCUAGAGAGGUUCUUCGCGCUCAAGGCGGAAAGGCUCAGGUUGCUAUCAAGCAGAUGGAUUUGGCCCACCAACCGAGAAAGGAACUGAUUGUUAAUGAAAUCAUGGUAAUGAAGGACUCUAAGCAUAAGAACAUCGUCAACUUUCUCGACGCGUUCUUGCGCAACAACAACACUGAGCUUUGGGUCGUCAUGGAGUUUAUGGAGGGUGGUGCGCUGACCGAUGUAAUUGACAAUAACCCGAACAUUACUGAGGAACAGAUCUCCACCAUCUGUCUUGAGACCUGCCAAGGACUUGAGCACUUGCAUUCUCAAAAUAUCAUUCACCGUGAUAUUAAGUCUGACAACGUUCUGCUUGAUGCUCGAGGCAAUGUCAAGAUCACCGAUUUCGGUUUCUGCGCCAAGUUGACCGAGUCGAAGAACAAGCGUGCAACCAUGGUCGGAACCCCUUACUGGAUGGCCCCUGAGGUCGUCAAGCAAAAGGAGUACGGCUCUAAAGUUGACAUCUGGUCGCUUGGUAUCAUGGCCAUUGAAAUGAUUGAAUCGGAGCCGCCCUACCUUAACGAGGAACCUCUUAAGGCCCUUUACCUGAUUGCUACGAACGGCACACCUCGUCUCAAGUCUCCAGAGAAACUUUCAAAGGAGCUUAAGGCCUUCUUGUCGGUCUGCCUCUGCGUUGAUAUUCGUAGCCGAGCUACAGCCGCCGAACUAUUGCAACACGACUUCUUGAAGCACGGUUGCCCUCCCGCAAGCCUGGCCGAACUACUUGCUUUCCGCAAGCACGCCAAGUAA